AUGUCACUUCCAAUUUUAAAGAAAUCAGCUAAUGAUAUUGUUGUCUUAUCUGCAUUAAGAACUCCAGUCACAAGAGGUCUUAAAGGUGGACUUUCCAAAAUGUACCCAGAAGAAUUAUUAUAUCAAGUUUUAAAAGGUUCUCUUGAUCGUUCUAAAAUAAAUCCAGAAUUAAUUGAUGAUAUCUUGGUAGGUACCGUAUUACAAACUUUGGGAGGACAAAAAGCUUCUGCAUUAGCAGUUAAAAAAGUUGGUUUCCCAAUCAAAACCACUGUCAAUACUAUAAAUCGUCAAUGUGCUUCAUCGGCUCAAGCUAUUACAUAUUCUGCCGGGACUUUAUUAACCGGAGAGAAUAAAUUCACCAUUGCUGCCGGUGUUGAAUCUAUGACUCAUGAUUAUUUCCCUCAUCGUGGUAUCCCAACUAGAAUUUAUGAACCAUUUAAACAAGAUGCUAAUGAAGAAGCUCAAAAUGUAUUAAUGCCAAUGGGUCUUACUUCUGAAAAUGUUGCUUCUAAAUUUGGGAUUAGUAGACAAUCACAAGAUGAAUUUGCUGUUAAAUCUCAUUUAAAAGCAGCAAAAGCUAUUGAAUCAGGACAUUUUGCUAAAGAAAUCAUUCCAGUAGAAGCAAGAUCCGUGGCCGAUGAAUCAAAAAUUGAAUUAAUUACCAAAGAUGAUGGAGUUAGACCAGGAUCAACUUAUGAAAAAUUAUCCACCUUAAAACCAGUUUUCACUGAUGAUGGUGCUACUACCGCGGGAAAUUCUUCCCAAAUUUCUGAUGGUGCUUCUGCAGUUAUUUUAACUACUAGAGCUAAUGCCGAAAGUUUGGGUAUAAAACCAAUUGCUAGAUUUGUUGGAUCUACCGUUGCUGGUGUUCCUUCAGGAUUAAUGGGUAUUGGACCAUCUGCUGCUAUCCCACAAUUAUUACAAAGGUUAGGACUUGAAACUAAAGAUAUUGAUAUUUAUGAAAUGAAUGAAGCAUUUGCAUCUCAAUCAAUUUAUUGUAUUGAAAAAUUAGGAUUAGAUUAUGAUAAAGUUAAUCCAUAUGGAGGUGCUAUUGCUAUUGGACAUCCUUUGGGUGCCACUGGUGGUAGAGUUACCACUACUUUAUUAAAUGGCUUACAAGCACAAAAUCAAGAAUUAGGGGUUAUUUCAAUGUGUACUUCAACUGGUCAAGGUUAUGCUGCUUUAUUUGCCAAUGAAGCGUAA